UGAGAUCAUACCGACUGUCAGUACUGCUCUUCUCCGCACACAACAUGGGCUCCACCGCCCAAAUCACCAAGAGAAGAGCCCCGGAAUCACUGGAAUGCUCCGGACUCGCUUCUGUGUCGCGGAUCGCGUGUAUUGUUGAGUUUUAUGAGGUGUAAAAUGUGAGAAAUUGCUGGUGUGAUGGACUCGGGACAAGAUGGCAGCAGUAUGAGAGCACACACACAUACUUCAGUACAAGUGUGUAAAAUGAUCGGAGAACACCUGGAUUAAAUCUACUGUUACUCCGUGUGAAAGGUAUGGCCUCACAAGUCUUCAUCUAUCCACCACAAGUUUUUCAAACUCAGACAAGUGCCUUUUGUAUUGUGAAGAAACUCAAAGUUGAACCCAGGAACUGUGUUUACCAUGAGAGGGCCUACCCACAGACUUAUUUAAAUGGUAGAAACCUUGGCAUUGUGUACCCGACAAAACGUUCUCCUUUGUUCAAGACUCGAGAUUCUGUGGCUGACAGACACCGCGGGCAGAAUAUUCCAGUGCAGACAGCUGCUAUACGAGGCGUACGACGACAGCACAUCAACGCAACGGCACCGCAGCAAAAAGGGGGCAUAUCCUUUAAAGGCAAGAAGCACGAGCAACAGGACAAAGGAAGGUGUAGCAGCAGUGGAGCUUCAGGUGCAGCUGGAGGGGGUAGGGGAAAGGGAAGUGACAGUCGAGGAGGAGGUGGAGGAAAGGGUGGUGGUUGUGACAAGGGUGGUGGUUGUGACAAAGGUGGUGGGGGUGACCAGGAAGGCUGUGGAAGUUUGGACUUGCAAGACAGCUCCCACAGAUGCGGUUUGAAACGUAAGAGCAAGGAGCUUGAGAACUUGGGGAGCACCAUGCAGAUAGUGGAGGACCUGCCAAUGUUACCUGCAAUGUUGCAAUCAAAUCUGGGAAACCCACCAUGUGCGGUGCCGCCUGCAGUCGGUGGAGGGCCUGCAAAGCAAGGCGGAAGUUCUGGAAGUGGGGAUGGUGACUACCAGUUGGUACAACAUGAGUUGCUCUGCUCUUUGAAGAACACCUAUGAGAUAUUGGACUUCCUCGGUCGUGGUACUUUCGGCCAGGUUGUGAAAUGCUGGAAGCGGGGUACCAAAGAGAUUGUGGCUGUCAAGAUCCUGAAGAAUCACCCGUCGUAUGCACGACAGGGCCAGAUCGAGGUGGGUAUCCUGGCACGCCUCAGCAACGAGAAUGCCGACGAGCAUAAUCUAGUGCGAGCCUUUGAGUGUUUCCAGCACCGAAGCCACACCUGCCUUGUGUUUGAGAUGCUGGAGCAGAACCUGUACGACUUCCUCAAGCAGAACAAAUUCAGCCCACUACCUCUGAAGGUAAUCCGCCCCAUUCUUCAGCAGGUGGCCACGGCGCUUAAGAAGUUGAAGGCCAUGGGACUGAUCCAUGCUGACUUAAAGCCUGAGAAUAUCAUGCUUGUGGACCCUGUGCGGCAACCCUACCGAGUGAAAGUCAUAGACUUUGGCUCAGCCAGUCACGUCUCCAAAGCAGUCUGCUCUACGUACCUUCAGUCACGGUACUACAGGGCUCCAGAGAUCAUUCUUGGUCUGCCGUUCUGUGAAGCUAUAGACAUGUGGUCUCUGGGAUGUGUGAUCGCUGAGCUUUUUCUGGGCUGGCCUCUUUACCCAGGAGCCCUCGAGUUUGACCAGAUUCGCUACAUCUCUCAGACGCAGGGUUUGCCAGGAGAGCAGCUGUUAAAUGCGGGGACGAAGACGACUCGCUUCUUCUGUCGCGAGUCCGACUCACCAUAUGCGGCCUGGAGACUCAAAUCCACAGAAGAGCACGAGACAGAGACUAGGCUCAAAUCAAAAGAAGCCAGGAAGUACAUCUUCAGCUGUCUGGAGGACAUUGCGCAUGUAAAUCUUGUUAUGAAUCUGGAAAGCUGUGAUUUAUUGGCAGAGAAGGUGGACCGUGCAGAGUUUGUGUCUUUGCUGAAGAAAAUGUUGUUGAUUGACGCAGAGGAAAGAAUCGCCCCGAGUGACGCCCUUGCGCAUCCCUUUGUCACUUUGCAGCACCUGCUGGACUUCCCCCACAGCAACCAUGUUAAAUCGUGUUUUCACAUCAUGGACAUGUGCUGCUCACGCCCAGGUGCAUAUGACAGCCGGACCAAGCCUCCAUUUGUCAGGACGGUCCCGAACAGCAACGUAGCACCCAGCCUGACCCUACCCUUCUGCAAAAUGACCAGCAUUCACUCUCAGACUUUAGCCUCAUCUGCCCCAUCACUGAUGCAUCACAGAAUACCGCUUCAGACAGGAAGUGCUCAGUUUGGAGACACUUUCCAGCAGGCGCUGAUUCUCUGCCCUAACACCAUACAAUGUAUUUCUCACAACCCGAAUAAGCCAGUGGGCUUCUCGUUGCGCAUGGAGAACACCGUACCACUGGUGACGCAAGCCUCUGCCAUUCAACCUCUCCAGAUCAGACCAGGCCUCAUUACACAGCAGGCGUGGACAAAUUGUGCUCAGCAGAUCCUGGUUCCUGCCUGGCCACAGGUGACACCGGUGGCCCCCUCAGCAGCAACACUGGCCUCAGAUGCAGUGGCAGGUCCACAAAACUGGGGGAAAGUUCAUUCCCAUGGCAACCAUUACAGCUCCAUGAUGCCCCACCCCCAGCCGCUGCUAACCAACCCGAUGACCCUGUCCGCUCACCAGCCAAUAAGCAUAGGCAUAGCUCAUGUGGUGUGGCCACAGCCGGCUGCUAACAAGAGAAAUAAACCAUCUUCAAACAGAAGUAACAACUUCAUGCACAGCACCAACACCCAAAAUUCAGCAUACCAGUCCCCAAAGAUGGUACACAGUGCCAAAAACACACAGGAGGAAGAGGCGGAGGAGUGUGUGGUGGAGGCGGAGGAGUGUGUGGUGGAGGCGGAGUCAGAGGUGGGGCUAGAGGAGGAGUCUGUGUGCUGUGAGACAGAAGCAGAGUGUCAGAACCAGAGGCAGAGCAUUGUGAUCGCUGACUCUCCGAGCCCUGCGGCCAGCGUCAUCAGCAUCAGCAGUGGAACAGACGAGGAGGCUCCAGACACACAGAAACUCUCAAUAGAAUGUAAGGGCAGUCCAGAGUGUGAGGCUUGUCAGAGCACACUGAAUAUGGAGCGAGUGUGUUCACUGAGCAGUCCAGACUCCGUCCUCAGCACCAGCUCAUCUGCAUCGGAGCACUCCAGAGCUUCACCCUGCAAGAGACCCAACAGUAUGUCAGAUGACGAGCGCGAGAGCGGCUGUGAUCCUGUGGACGGUUCUCCCGCCUCCGUUUCCUCCAGCCGAGUGGACAGCCCCUUUCUGGAAAGCACGUUUAUUAAUGACAACAACCAGAACUGUAAAGCCACGGGAGCCACAGAAACGGAGUCUGUCAAGCCGCCAGUCCGCACCAUGAUGGUGCCGCCCAUGAGGGUUCACAACAAUGAGCCCACUGGCCGUACAGAGCAAUCAUGUCAACCCAAAGUCCGCAGUGGUUCCAACAGGCAGCUGCCGUACUCCACGUUACUGGUGAAUCGGCAGCAGAAGACCACGCCUGCUUUCCCGCCCCCGCAGCCCCCUCAACAGCAGCUUACUUUUGGACAGGUCCAGCAUUAUGGCUCCUCCCACCUGGAGUGGAAUGGCAACUACAGCCAUUGCCGGCCUCAUGCAUUCAUCCCGCCCACCGUUCAUGGCCACACCUUCACUCUGCCUCAUGGCAGCCCCACCCACACUACGGUCCACCCUCAGUCGCACCUGGGCGUCCACCCACAUACCCAGGCCACUUUACUCUCCUACCCCCCCUCAGGACCUUUGGUGACAAAUGCGCCCAUGGCCCACAUCUUGGCUUCACCCGGGGCUACACGGAAUCACAUCUUUCAACCUCCCUAUGGCCUCUCCCAUCCGGCGGGUCACCUCGUGCACCAGGUCACGGUGGGGCUCAACCCCCGCCUCUUGCCCUCGCCCACCCUUCACCCUCAGGGUCAAUUCAAGCCAUUCUUCCCCCCACACUCCUUCAUCGCGUCACCCGCAUACGUAGGUUUCCCCCUCAGUCCUACUAAACUUAACCAGUAUCCCUACGUCUGAGACGCGCUCCGCAAACCUCUUGAGGCCAGAAGGGCUUGUCAACUCCACCUCAGUCUCGGGCGUAGCAAGAAACCGCAAACCACCUGGUUCUUGCACCCAAAGCCAUGGCGCAAGAGAGAAAUCUAGCAAUUUUUCAGAAUCACAACGUAGAAUCGAGUGCAAUUUUAAUGAGCUUUAAAAAAAAAGGAGAUGUUUGAAAAGUCUUGUGCAAGUAGGGUGAAGAAGGUCAAAGGUUGGAGAAUGUACAGAAAUGAGAGAUGCACAUUUGAUGCAUCAUUAUUGGAUUUUCAAAUGAAUGCUCCUCUAUUGAACAGCGGAUGGUGUUCAAAAUCAUGUGAUGAUCAACUUAUUUUUAUACAUUGCCUUUUACCUUGUAUACGACGCAUCUUUGUUUGUAAAAGACCCAGUAUCUUGUUCAAGACUGACAAGUUGUUCCAAGUGUUUGUAUUUUUCUCAAUGUCUUUGAUGUUUUUCGGAACUGAGUCAUCGACGGGUUGUUUGUCACGCACUGCAUGUGUUGCAUGAGCUGCAAUGUCACUCUGACAGAAGCCUAGAGGUGCUCUUAACACGUCAAGAGGCUCGAUGCAUUGUUGUCACCAGCCAUAGUGCCUUAUAUAUUGGCAGUCCAGUUCCUGUUUCUACUACACUACUCUCUCUGUAUGUAUAUAAAAUGUGUAUGUACAUGUACUGGUCUGCCGCACUUGCAAUUUGUCUGUCUGUACAUGUAUUAUACACACAGGUGUAUUAUUUCAUGCAUAGAAAGGCAUCGAUGUACUGCAUUGCACAAACCGCAGUGCUUAUUUUUGGAUCCAAUGUAUAUUUGAGAUGUAGUAAUUUAGUUACGUUUGGUUACGUCACCGGAGGACGGCAUGCUUUUGCUGCAGCAAAUGCUUGCUGUUUUUAUUGUUGGCGAUGUAUAUUUUUCAUUACCUGAAUUAAUUAGUUGUAUAAAGAGCUCAUUAAAUACCGAUUACUCUGAAAAAUGUCUUACUACUAACAGUAUUUGUACUGUUUAGUCAAACUGCAAUACAAUCUAGAUAUAGGGAUAAAUAUAUAAAUAAAGGGAAAGUUCACCUCAAAAAUGGAAAUUUGUAAAUGAUGACAGAAUUGUCAUUUUUGGGCGAACUGUCCCUUUAAGGGUUUUUAUUUCUUUCUUUGUCUGUGUAUUUAAAUUCUUUGGGUGUGUUUGUGUUUGUGUGUUUUGUGGUGGCAUGGCUUUGACUAGAUGAAGACAUGAAUGCAAAAAGGUCUUUGAUUGAGGGUUAUGGAUUCAUCUUAGCCUGAGCAGACCAUGCAGUUUCUGAUGUAUAGAUGCGCACAUAUACUAUAGAGUUAGUUUAUUCAGUGCUGAAGCUUGACAAGGUGUGUUUAAGGUGUGCAAUCCUCAUUUAUGCAUUGUGAAUCGAUUUAACUGUUUUUUUUUUCUUAAUUAUACCAUUAUAUCAUGUGUUGAAAGCUUGUUGAUGUCAACUGCAUUUCAUACAUUCCGUCAGGGAGAAAUAAAUAUAGCCGAUAAAUGCAUAUAUAUAUAUAUAUAUAUAUAUAUAUAUAUAUAUAUAUAUAUAUAUAUAUAUAUAUAUAUGCUGUG